AUGGAGGCGGCGAAUGAGAUUGGGGGCUGUGGAUUCAGCGAGAAGGAAAAGAUUACCGACAUUCUAGAUCGUCGGCACAAAGAGCGCAAAAACCAAAUCGAAAGCGCUAAGUUAGAACGCCAGAAGGAUGCCGACGAGUCGGAAGCGAUUGAGUACUUCGAGGCGUCCUUCAAUGAAGAGGUUCGUAAAAUAGGCACCCUUCUAGAUGGAGUUGUCGCCGUUGACUGCGACCGAGUUGCUACCUUUGAGAGCGUCCAGAAGGAAAUAUCUAACCUUCAGCGGUAUCUUUCUACUUCAACCUUUUUUCUUCAUGAGUAUAAGAUUAAGGUGUGCCAGAAUACGAUUAACGAACUCUGCAAACGGUUAGAUGCGCUUAAAAAUGAGCUCAUACCAAAAAAGAAGUUUGGCUUUAAAAGUAAGAAAACGGUGAAAGCGCCUCCGGACAACCGGUUUGGUUUUGGUAAGGCAACAGAUUCCGCAGAUUCGCAAUCGAUUGGUGAUAGAAUGAAGUGGACCCUUUCGGAAAGAAGCAAUGAAUUGAUCGUCCUUCCCCGAACGUCUGUCGACGAUCAAACCGUCACGGCAUCUGGAUUGACAGACUGUAUCGUUCGUCUGGAGGGUCACUCUGGGGCGCUGCAAUUUACCAAGUUGAAAAACUGCCUAGUCUUGUGUGGGCCGACCUCGAGAUCAAUCUUUCUGGAUGAUUGCGACGAUUGUAAGUUCGUGGUCGCCUGCCAGCAGCUGCGAUGUCAUCGCUCUAGGAACUGUCACCUCUACCUGAAGGUAACAUCGCGCGCUAUUAUCGAGGAUUGUAGUCGAAUUCAGGUGGCCGAGUAUAAUUUGCAUUACGACGGUUUGGAGAAUGAUUUCACCGAAUCUGGAUUGGAUGGAAGCGUUAACAACUGGAACGAAUUGGACGACUUCGAUUGGCUUGCAACGGAUAAACCGUCCCCAAACUGGUCCCUGCUUGGUGAUAAACAACUAGUUACUGACUGGAAAUUAUACCAGAGCGAAUUUCAGAUAAAACACUGUUGUAAAACUUAACUAAAUAAAGGCUUCUUGCUUCGCUUUUUUAUAGCAGAAUUUGUU